AUGGCCAAAGCUACUUCUAUAAAAGAAGCUUUAAAACGUUGGGAAGAAAAAAAUAAUAAAAGCGCAUCGGAAGCGAAAGAAGUUUUCCUUUGUUUUCAGUGGCCACCUAUUGAAAAAAUGGAUAAUUCAUUAGCCACUCUUACAAAUUGUACAAGAUUGUCUUUGUCUACGAAUAUGAUUGAAAAAAUAUCUGGAGUCGGUACAUUAAAAAAUUUAAAGAUAUUAUCACUUGGUAGAAACUAUAUAAAAAGUUUUACCGGUUUGGAAGCAUUGGGUGACACACUUGAAGAAUUAUGGAUAUCAUAUAAUUUAAUUGAAAAAUUAAAAGGAAUAAACGUAUUGAGAAAUUUAAAAGUUUUAUACAUUUCAAAUAAUUUAAUAAGAGAAUGGCCUGAAUUUAAUAAACUGCAGGAACUUCCACUUCUUGAAGAUUUACUUUUCGUUGGAAAUCCACUACAGGAAUCAAUGGAAGAAAAUAUUUGGAAAAUAGAAGUACCUAAACGAUUACCUAAUUUAAAAAAACUAGACGGUGAACCUGUCAUUAACGAAGACAUUCCACAAAUGUUACAACCGCCAGAAACUGAAGCAGAAGACGAAUCGUAA